AUGCCCUGCACCUGCGAGGAUGCUGACAGAAGCUCACGCUACCCCAGCAUCACCACCCUCCACCCUCUGCCUGCCGAGGUGUGCAACCGCAUAUUCCAGCUGCUCUUUCGCAAUGACGAUCUGUGCUUGGCGCAUAAAGCCAGGCUCAUCUCAUUCAGUGCCGAGUUCUACCUCGACAACAUAUUGCGAUUGUACCGGACCGUGUCACUGAACGAUACCAACGGCGACUGCUUCUUUGAAGGGCUCUUGUCGUGCAAUCGACGGGCGAAAGCAUCCCCACCGUUCUCCGGGGAUAUAGCCACGCAUCUCUCUUAUGGGUUUCUCUACCCAGGAGAGACACAUUACGGGUCGCGCAAAGUCGCACUGGUGCGAUACUGCGAGACACUGCGCUUCGAGACGCCCGACGCAUUCAGCUCGUUCUUGAAAGCAAGGCAUGCCUGGCGCAAAGCUGUCUCGCUACGUGCAGGACAAGAGACGGGCGAACCUCGAGACCUUUUCAACUCUGUCCAGAGACUUUCUCUCGGUCCCCUCCUCGGCCAAGCGCUGUACGAAGAGCCCGAAUUGGUGCUAUCCCAACAAGCUCAAUUCAUCGCCCCGUCACUCGAGCCGUUCACCCCCAAAAAGAUCUGUGUCCACAUGCCGGACCCGGACCCACUGGACGUUGGACGAGGCUGGCUCAUCGACCGGCCGUUUGAUACCUUUCUCGGCCUGCUGGCGCGGCGAAGACAUGUGCUCACAUUGCACAAUGCGCGGCCGGCGCUGCACGAGUACUGGCUGGGCAAGGCAGACAGGCUGCACUUCGACUUGGCGCCGCAGCAAACAGAGAGGGAGCAUAUGGAGGUGAUUGUGGAUUGGGUGCAGAGGUAUCUCAAAUACUGCCGAGCUCCUUCCGCGUCUGACGACGACGAUAGUCAGGAAGAGCGACCCAUCGAGGAUGUCAUUAUAUCCAACACUGCGACCUCGGCAGAUCUCACUGCCGAAGAGCUGGACGAGGCGAUACAGAGCAUCUGCCAGCAGUACGCAGGAACCCGUGAUAGUCCUGGUGUCACCGUAUGCGGUCCCCAGGUAUGUGAUAUAUGCAGCCAUUUUGCCUGA